CACUUCUCAACUUUUCUCUGAUCUUUGGACUGCAGAAGAAGACGAAUCUUUGAUUGUCACUUUCUUUUCUUUUCUUUGAUGAAUUCUAGGCCAAAAAGGAAAAGAUGGGUAAUCGAUUUUCUCCCCUUUUGAAUCACAUUUAAACUCCCAGAAUCUUUGAAAUCUUUGAUUUUUUGGCUUCACCAGCUGUAGUAGUCGUAGAAUCUUCCUUCUUUUGAAUUCAUUGUGAGAGAUCUCUGGUGUUCUUUAGCCAAAAGGCUGGAGAAUACUUACUCCUCACAAAAUAUUUCCUUUCCUUUCCUUUCCUUUUCUCUGCAAACAAUCCGGGAGAAUUUAUAUAAUGUCGUGGCAAAAUCAAAGCUUGGAGGGAAAGAGCUGCAGAGUAUGUAAGAUUCGGAAGAGGGGUUGCUCUUCCUCGUCUUCUUCCUCUCUGGUUCAGAAGUACAGAUUCAAGCGAGCAAUUGUGGUGGGAAAGAGGGCAGGCUCAACCACGCCUGUUCCCACAUGGAAAACGGGUACAAAUUCGCCGUCCUUAGCAAUGCCGGCUGCUGAGUUUUCCAAGGGUUCUCCCAACAAAGCCAAGGAAACCUCUGUUUCUGCCAGAAAACUGGCCGCCACUCUGUGGGAGAUCAACAAAAUCCCAUCUCCACCAGCCCUUGAAGAGUCGGAGGCGGCCAGGGACAAGACAAAUGCGAGGACCAGAGUGAGAGUUGCAAGAAUUUCUCACACUUUGCAGCCAAAUUUGUCGGAUCCAUCAUAUAGUCCGAUUUCAGAGAAGAUGGAUCGAUAUAGAGAAAAUAGUCACAGGAGAAGAACUUCAGUUGUUUCGCAAAAGCUUCGACUUACUGAUUAUAAGGUGGGAAGCUCAGAUUCCAUUAGCAAUGCCAGUGUUAUGGAGAUUGAAAGUUAUCCUAGAGGCAAAACUCAUACUGGAAUAUGUAUGAUUGGAAAGGAGACCCGGCUCAAGGAUGUAAGUAAUGGACUGAUCACAUCUAAACAACUACUGAAAGUUUUGAAUCGUAUGUGGGGUCUCGAAGAGCAACAUUCUUCAGCUAUGUCCCUUAUUUCUGCCCUACGGAUUGAGAUUGAUAGUGCUCGGAUCCAAGUUGAUCAAUUGAUCCAAGAGCAACGCUGUAAUCGCGGUGAAAUUGAGUACCUCAUGAAGCAUUUUGCUGAAGAAAAGGCAGCCUGGAAGAGGAAGGAGCGAGAGAGAAUAGUAAAUGUUACUGCUUGCAUGGCAGAAGAGCUUGAGGUGGAGAAGAAACUUAGGAGGCAAACAGAGAGAUUGAACAAGAAGCUUGGGAAAGAAUUGGCUGAUACAAAGGCAGCCCUGUCAAAGGCAACGAAGGAGCUUGAGGGUGAGAAGAGGGCAAAAGAAAUAUUAAAACAAGUGUGUGAUGAGUUAGCCAGAGGUAUUGGGGAAGAUAGAGCUGAGGUGGAGGAACUGAAAAGAGAAUCGGAGAAAGUGAAGGAAGAGAUGGAAAAGGAAAGGGAAAUGCUUCAGUUCGCGGAUGUAUUGCGUGAGGAGAGGGUCCAGAUGAAGCUUUCUGAGGCUAAAUAUCAUUUUGAGGAAAAAAAUGCUGUUGUUGAAAAGUUGAGAAAUGAACUUGAGGCCUACCUGAGGACCAAAGGAGACAAAGAAAGUGCAACAAAUGGUUCUCCAAAUCUGCAGCGGAUCAAGGAGCUUGAGGCUUAUCUAAGGGAAAUUGAUUUUGGAUCCUGUGAAGCUGCUGAGAGAGAAAAUGACAAAGGAGAAAGAAGAGAUGGAGCAGAUUGUGACUAUGGAAAUUAUCGGAUUUCAGUUGACUCAGUCGACAGUGAUCUUCACUCAAUUGAAUUGAAUAUGGACAAUAAUAACAUGAGCUACAAAUGGAGCUAUGCUUGUCCAAAAGAUGGUCAAGGUGAUUCGAAGAGGGUUUCAGUUGAUAGAGAAAGUAAGGGGAGAAAAUCUCUUUCUGAGAGAAUUCCAUGGGGAAGCAUUUGCUUAGAAAGAGGAAUUUCAAAUUCUACCAAUUGGGACUUACGCCCUAAAAUUCAGGAAAAGUCUGAUGGGUUGGAGAGGGAAAGAUCAUCUGAUAUUGCUUUUGCUUCACAUGAUCAGACGCAGGAUGAAGAUGAAAUCAGGAGAUACAAAUCUGUUAAGAGUCUCAGAGAUCACAUAUUAUCUAGCAACAAGAUAGCACCUGUUCAAAGCUUCUCCAGUCCCACCCAGCAGUGCCGUGAAUCUUUUCAUUUGCAGGAUUCUGGCAGCAUAAGCUCACCAAUGUUAAAGAUGGAUUGUUUGAAGGAGAAACUAGCAGGUACAAGAGGCGAACAUCAAACUUCAACAAGUUCAAGGGAAUAAAUUUUUAUUUAUAUAUUUUGCGUUGUUUCCUUGAAGAUACUCUCAAAUUUUCACCAGCUAAAUUUUGUUUAUCCUGAUAACUUGCCAAACUCUAGAAAGCGAGAUUGUAAAUAGGAUGCUAUACAAGGCUGUAUGAUGAAUCUGGCUUAACUUGUUAAUGAAUCUGAGCACUUUAG